AAGGCGCAGCAGCCUAGUAGCUGUCAGUGAGCGCAAGGAGCGCGCCCGUGCUGCAGCCACCUCUGUAUCCCCGAGCUCAUAGCCGACACUUACUUCUUGUAGGACAUGGCCGACGUCUUCCAGCACAAUGACUCCACCUCGUCUCAGGACGUGGUUAACCGUUUCGCCCGGAAAGGGGCACUGAGACAGAAGAACGUGCAUGAGGUGAAGAACCACAAAUUCACCGCCAGGUUCUUCAAGCAGCCCACCUUCUGCAGCCACUGCACCGAUUUCAUAUGGGGUUUUGGAAAACAAGGAUUUCAGUGCCAAGUUUGCUGUUUUGUGGUUCACAAGAGGUGCCAUGAAUUUGUCACGUUCACUUGUCCCGGAGCGGACAAAGGGCCAGAUACAGACGACCCAAGAAGUAAACACAAAUUUAAAAUCCACACCUAUGGAAGUCCAACGUUUUGUGACCACUGCGGUUCGUUACUGUACGGGCUGAUCCAUCAGGGCAUGAAGUGUGAAACCUGUGACAUGAACGUCCAUAAAAUCUGUGUAAUCAACGUCCCAAGUUUAUGUGGAAUGGAUCAUACUGAGAAGAGAGGAAGGAUUCACCUGAAAGCUGAAGUUCAGGGGGACAAGUUGAGUGUCAUAGUUCGUGAAGCAAGAAAUUUAAUUCCAAUGGACCCAAAUGGACUCUCAGACCCUUAUGUAAAACUGAAACUCAUUCCUGAUCCCAAGAAUGAAAGCAAACAGAAAACCAAAACUAUCCGUUCCACUCUUAAUCCGCAAUGGAACGAGUCCUUCACUUUCAAAUUAAAGCCAUCAGACAAAGACAGACGGCUCUCAAUUGAGAUCUGGGACUGGGAUCGAACCACUAGGAAUGAUUUUAUGGGCUCCUUUUCUUUUGGGGUGUCAGAACUCAUAAAAAGCCCUGCGUGUGGGUGGUAUAAACUGCUUAAUGAAGAAGAGGGGGAGUACUACAACGUACCCAUUCCAGAGGCAGAUGACGAGAACUUGGAGCUCCGGCAGAAAUUUGAGGGUAAAAGACCGGCCACGGAUAAGCAAGCAAAAAAUUGCUGCUGUAGUCAGAAGCAUGAACAGUUGUCAAAGACUGUGCAGAAAACGCCAAGCGAAUACCGGCCCAAACCUCCAUGUCCGCUCCCAGCCACACAGUGCACAAAAGCGAGACUUGGCCCAGCUGGAAACAAAGUAAUAGGCUCAGCCGAAAGGAAACCGUAUGUUCCCUCCAAUAACAUUGACAGCGUGCAAUUAACAGACUUCAUCUUCUUGAUGGUGCUUGGAAAAGGAAGCUUUGGGAAGGUCAUGUUGGCAGAACGGAAAGGGGCUGAAGAACUGUUUGCCAUCAAGAUCCUAAAGAAGGACGUGGUAAUCCAAGAUGAUGACGUUGAAUGUACAAUGGUGGAGAAGAGGGUUUUGGCGCUUCAGGAUAAGCCACCAUUUUUAACACAGCUGCAUUCAUGUUUCCAGACAGUCGAUCGUCUUUAUUUUGUCAUGGAGUAUGUAAACGGAGGAGAUCUCAUGUACCACAUCCAACAAGUUGGCAAAUUCAAAGAACCGCAAGCAGUGUUCUAUGCAGCAGAGAUAUCGGUUGGGCUGUUCUUCCUUCACAAGAAAGGAAUUGUAUACAGGGACCUGAAGCUGGAUAACGUAAUGCUGGAUUCAGAGGGUCACAUUAAGAUUGCAGAUUUUGGGAUGUGCAAAGAACACAUGGUGGAUGGCGUUACAACCCGGACUUUCUGCGGAACGCCAGAUUACAUUGCCCCGGAGAUCAUUGCUUAUCAACCCUAUGGGAAAUCGGUGGAUUGGUGGGCAUAUGGAGUCUUAUUAUAUGAAAUGCUUGCAGGACAGCCUCCGUUUGAUGGAGAAGAUGAAGAUGAGCUCUUCCAGUCUAUCAUGGAACAUAAUGUGUCAUAUCCAAAAUCCAUGUCUAAAGAAGCUGUCUCCAUCUGCAAAGGGUUAAUGACUAAGCACCCUGUCAAGCGCCUGGGUUGCGGCCCAGAAGGCGAGAGGGAUAUCCGGGAGCAUGCCUUCUUCAGGAGAAUCGAUUGGGAGAAGUUGGAAAAUAGAGAGAUCCAACCACCGUUCAAGCCUAAAAUGUGUGGCAAGGGAGCUGAAAAUUUUGACAAGUUUUUUACAAGAGGACAGCCUGUGCUUACACCUCCCGACCAGCUGGUCAUUGCCAACAUCGAUCAAGCUGAUUUCGAAGGAUUUUCUUUUAUCAACCAGCAGUUUAUACACCCAAGUUUGCAGAGUGUUGCAUUAGCUUAGAGAGACUUGAUUGAACAACCCAUAACACUGGGGGGCUCUCAUUAAAUAACCCUUUAAAUUUUAAGGUGGUGUACCAUUUAAACGAAUCACAAGAGCCUAAAAAUUUUAGGGUUACAAAAUCAUCGUUUCUUGAAGGAAAAAUAUAUAUUUUUCUCUUUAAAGAUAAGGCCAGUGAUCAUCCACAAAUCUUGGACUAUAUAACCUAUCGAAAGCAAACAUUCUUCCCAAGGAGAUGUAGGGUUUAAACCAUAACUAGAGUGCUCAUUUGCUCUAGGAUAUAAUUCUGUCUUAGCUGGGGGGGGAUUUAGUAGGACCCAGAAUGGUAUAAUUUCCUAGGUCUUCCUACUAUUCCUAAAAUGCACAAAACUAAGAACGAGAUAUCAGGGUGAACUGUAUGAAAAUAUGUAUUGCCAUAAAAGAUUACUGUUGAGGGUACUAUGUCCAUAAAUAACCGGACUUUCUUGAUAUUUGUCUAGGAUUUGUUCCUGAAAAAAUGGUUAUGGACACAUUGUUCCUAGAUAAGCCAAAUGUUAGUUUGCUGCCAUUGAUAUUAUGCAUUUAUUUAAUGAGGCCAAUGUUUUUUUUUGUAAAAUGCAAGUUGUAACCUCUGAGAGACUCUCCUAAGGUCUAGGUUCUGGUUCUGAUAACAUUACUCAAGAAUAGGAACUUAAGCACAUACAGAUGUGCAUUGGGAUCUCUCCUGUACCCUGCUAAUAGAAAUGUUAGUCUACACUAUAUUAUAUAAAGGUACUAAAGACAGUCUUGUAUUUAUAACUCGAGAUUUCUACAAAGAUGUCUCACAAAUGCCUUUUUACCCUAGUGUCGAACAAGCGAUAUAUUGAUACCUGUCCUAUUAAUUUAACCUUAAUUAUUUUAGGAUUGGCUAAUCAUGCUCAAGUAGAAUGAGGGAUUUUGUUUUGGACAGGGUAGAGUUAAUGUUUUGCAUAUGCCUCAUGCAAUGAUUUUGCAUGUUUAUAUACUGUAUUAAAUCUUAACACUCAGAUUAUGUGAUAAUAAGCCUGAUUCUCCAUUAAGAGUAUUACUAUACUUUUUUUAUAAGAUAAAAUUAUGCUAUAUUUGUGAAGUUAUCCUGUUCAGAACGAGCGGGUAAUUUAGGUUUAGGCUAAUGCUUAUGGUAUGUAUGUCUUUUAUAAUGUACUUUCUUACAUUUGUUGCCAAUGGAAGAAUUUGCAAAUGAAUGAUGUACUCUUCCGAUAUCAGAAGGAUCUCGACAAUCGGUCUUCGUGAUAAAGCCCAUAUACUAAAGGAAUAUGGCCUAAAGUUUCAUGCCAUUAUGUUUAUGCAUAUAUGAAAUUUUUACUAAGAAAGUACUGGAGUAUUUGAUUUAUAGUUAAAGGUACACUAAACAAAGAAACAUUGAUAAUAGGAGUAAAUUAGAAAGUUGCUUAAAAGAGCAUGCUCUAUCUGAAUCAUGAAAGAAAAAGAAAAAGGUUAAGUGUCCCUUUAAUAAAUUUGUACAAAAACAUUUCUUUAUCCUUUUAACUUUAGGAAAUCUGCAAAGGUUAAUUUUUUUAUUUAUUUUUAUUUUGUCUGGUUUUGUUGAUGAUUUACAAAAUAUAUUUUAUGCCUCCCUAAAUUUAAAAUGCAUGUGAAUGGCAAAUAAAUGCCCGUUUUAAUGUUGCAUGCAGAAAGGUCUGCAGCUUGUCUUGCAUGUUAACUAGCUCAUGGAAACUCAAGGUUGUUUGCCAUAAACUACAAAUACAAAUCUGUUUUAUUUCCUUAUUUUUAAAUAUUUUACAGAAAUUGACUGAAAAAGUUAAAUAUUUUCUUAGCUGUGCCAAAAAGUACAUUUUCUAAUUUCAACUAGAAAUAGGCCCAGUUUAGGGUUUGCACUGUUUUCAAGUACCCCCAAAAGGCCAGGUUUUCAUUAUAGCUAAACCAGUGAACAGGUGAAAUAAUCGGCUUAUGGGUGAGAGCAGGUUAGUAACCAUGGUUACUAAUCAGCUGAUUACUUCACCUGUGCACUGGUUCAGCUAUAAUGAAAACCUGGCCUGUUGGGGGUACUUGAGGACAGUUGAGAAACACUGUUGUAGAGCAUACCUAGGUAGGUAGUGUGCACGUGUCUGGAGAACAAUAUGGCAGCAGUUUUGAAAAAAAUAUUUUUGCUAUUCAGCACUAGAUGACAGUAGUUUUUACAUUUACACAAUGUAUAACAUUGUGCAAACCAUGCUUGUAAAAUUGCUGCCAUAUAGAGCUCCGCCCUUGAGCAUGCUCCUUAGCCUAUCUACCUGCUUUAUAACAUAUCAAGAUAGCAAAGUAAAUUUGAUAAGAGUGUACAAUAAAAAAAACGUUUAAAUUAACUUCUAUCGGAAUCAUGUCCCAGGUGCCCUAACCUUAUCUUCACAAUUUACCAGUGUUCCUUUAAUUAAUCCUGCACCCCAAAUCAUUCAUUAGUCUUGAACUCUGAGUUUUAACAUUCUGGCUUUUAAAUAUAUUUUGUCACAUCUAAUAAAGCACAAAAUGCA